GCCUCUGUGAGGUACCUGCUACCUCCUGAACUUGACCUCGGCAGCAAGUGACGCGACGUCAUCGGCGCAGCGGUUCUUGAGGGCCCCGUUGGUUUCUCGGCGGAUGAUGACCACCUUGAAGGCUGCGUCUCGCUCGCCCGCCGUGCCCUUGAAAAGAGUGCCAUGGUCCGCCUCGUGGGCCUUCUCAAACAGAGUCCAGGCCUCGCCGUUAGCCGCCGUCGAGACGAAUGAUGGCGACGCUGACGGAGAUGCUGAUCCCUGAUGAAGGUUGUUUUCAGGGAUAAACAAGGAGUGCGGGCUCUCUGCUGACGUCAGGCAGGCGCGGACCAGCCGAUCCGCAGAGCAGGGCUCUGGCACUGGUUGAGGCUGCGCCCGGGACACGCCAAGCUUGGAUACAAGUCGUCGAAUAUAAACUGUAGGCGGCGAUAUUCAAACUGAAGGAGACGAACAGAGACACCGGGAGCAGGCAGAUGCAUGUGUGUAUGUGGUAUGCCUAUGUCUAUGUGUGUAUGUCUCGCUAUAUGUGAGUCAACGAAUGUAUCCUCUGUGAGACGCACACUGUGUGAGCAGGGCGAGCAGGCUUAGCACACGCACAGCGAUGGCCACCUCCCUGCGGACCUCCUCGACGUCCCGGCCGACAGUGGGGCGGGAUGGCGGGCGCUGAUGGCCUUGAAGCUGCUGCCGGCUGUGACGAAUCGGCGAAGACGUGGCGGGACUCCUGCCUGGCGCUCUCGCCUCUCUCCCUGUGAGCAUCAUUGUUGUCGAUCUGAAGGAAGUCGACGCCCUCCAAGAACUUCCUGCCGCUCUCGAUAAGGACACGCAUGCGCCUCACCAGCUCGUGGCUCUGCGCGAAUGGUCAAUGCAGGUGUACGAGCCGACGAUGCGUUUUGUCCUCUCACCGAUUCAAAUGAGCCAGACGGGGUCGAUUCAGCACCAGCACCCAUCACCAUCAUCUGCACGAGGUGUUGGAUAUGCAGGCAGACAAGUGACCUUUCAUGGCUCUCUCUUGCUUUGGUUACCUGUCACGGCAACGUCUGUUUUAAUCUGGGCGGGCGGCGAGAUGGCUGCAAUGUCGGGGCCACUUGCAGAAGACGGCUCGCCACCUGCAGAGCAACACAUCCCAUAUGUGCGUACGAUACGAGAGUGUGUGUGUAUCGCUCCAUUUAUCUAUCGUCAAGUCGGUGUGUGAGCCGCUCUAGUAGCUAUCGAUCGCUUACCUGUGGAUGCGGGCACAAUCAUGUCAGCGCCGCCAACACUAUCCCCGACACGACCUACAGGCCGCGGCGCACAGCACGCAGGCAGACAUGUGAGUGACACUUGUGUGCAGCCAGCCGUCGUGUGCCAUGCCCGGCGUCUCGCGUACCGAUGUCCAUGCGAUACGCUCCACGACCUGAGGAGUGCCCUCCACACAAACGGUGGGACAUACAGCCAAAACACGCAACACAUCCAUACACACGUGUGCGUGGGUGGUGUGUGUACAUACCUCCACUCUAUACAGCCGCAGCUGCUGCUGCAGGGUGUUGUGCAGCAUCCUCAUCUAGGACGAGAGAAGGCACGACAGCUCAAUGCUGUACUCAUUCGUGGCGUCUUUCCUUACCUAACUGAUCCGCGAGGUCGCUCAGUGACUCUCCGAAAUCAUUAUCGCCUAAGUGCACAACCGGCAUGAGAAAAGUGUGCUUCUCUGUGCGUUGUGUGAUGUGCGAACCGCCUUCUGGAAUAUCGCUGCAGGACAAAGCCGUCAGGCGGUAUAGGCGCUACGGUUCAAACAACAAGACGACAUCAGACACCUCAAUGCUAUGCAUACCUACCCACUCACCAUUCGACGACGAGGGGCCGGGCGCGUCAUCAAACGGGAUGGUGCCUAAACAGCAACGCACAAUCAUGUGACAAGUGUCAACCAGUCACUUUCUGCAUCGUCCGCGUUGUGUUUGAGCAUCUCACCAAAGUUGCUGGCGCUCGCUGCAGCACACACGGCCUGCACACGCACAGACACACGCACAGACACACAGUCAAAAAGGGACGUCCGUAUUCAAAGGCAAAGUGCCGUGGAUCCGUGUCUGCCUGUCUUAUCUGUCUUUGGUGUGAUGCCGUCAGUCCGUCCGUCUACCUGUGGCCCUUGGAAUGGUGUGUCCUCCUCCUCUUCCUCUUUCUCCUCAUCGUCAUCGUCGUCGAGCUCCUGAUGCACAAACAUCAGCGAAUGGGCUUCAUUUGUGUGGCUCAUUCCAGUGACUGUACGUUCAAUGCUGCUGCUGCUGCUCCGAAGAGUCAGUCGGUCGGUGUCACUGUGCCGUCGACGCGCGCCAGGAAGGUGUGCAGCCCCGUGACGAUGUGUGAGUGGGAGGCACUGAGGCGGCGCACAAGGGCUGUGAAGGGAGGGGGAGGCGCGAUGUGCGGAGCCGUCGAGAAGAGUGCAGUGAAGGGCGGAAGGAUCUCGGCCAGCCGUCGUUGCUCAUCGGCUCUGCUCAGGAUGAUGGCGAUGUCUAGCUCCUCGGCCUCGAUGGGCAGCUCUCGACUAUACGUGAGCCCGCCCGCCAAACAGAGAAACCAAACACAAACAGACAGGCCGUGUCUGCUGCGAUGGGCUCGAUGCGCGCCAUUAGGGCGUCAUUGAAGUCCCUCUUCUCUUCGUCGCUCAUCGUCAUGUCCUCCCCCACAAUAUUGAGCUCCCUGCGAUGAACAAUGCGCUCCUCGGCCUGAACACGACAGCACGCAUUCAUCAAUAUCCCGUUGUUCUCUGCUCCCAAUGGCUCUUGUCUUCCCCAACCUUCUCCAAGAUUGCCUACCUCGAAAGGCAUUCUGUCAACGGCCUUGGCAACGUCUUCAUCGGUGGUCCGGUGGGCGGCGAGGACGGCCCGAACAGCCGCAAAGUCCUCAGGCGCCGGCUGGUUGCGAGGGUCGUUGAUCUACCGUCGGUGGUCCUCCAUGACUUGCCGGCCGUAGGGGCUGUUGAAGGGGUCGUCGGACCAAAUGGCCAUGGGACGACGGCUCGUCGACAUUUGCACUCUCAAAUCUGAAAUUCGGAGGGGCGGGAGGGCAAAGCGGACGACACAAGCCAAUCGAUCAGGCGAAAAAAGAGAAACGGAAGACCUGUGGCUGGAACGAGAGCUGAAUACGUCACCUAUUAACAGUUCUGUCGAAAAUGA